AUGGCAUUAUUUCAUGAAGAUGAAAAAUGGUUAAAUAAAAAAAUUCAAGAAUUUAAUUCAAAAAGUGGUUUCAGUUUAAGAUAUUCAUCAGCAAGAGAGAAAUUGAUUUUCCCACAGGAUUUAUUUAUUUCAUUUUUCAAACCUUUAUUCCAAAGUAUCACCGAUUCAAUAAAAAGUGAAAUCAAAUCAAAUUCAGAUAUUAAAAAAUUAGAUUAUAUUUUUUUAAUUGGCGGUUUCAAUGAAAAUAAAGAUUUGCAAGAACAUAUUAAAAGUGAAUUAGAAUUUACUGGUGCAAAAUUCAUCAUUCCAAAUAAGGCUGGUCUAUCAGUCGUUAUGGGUGCAACAAGAUUUGGAUUAAAUCCAAAUACAAUUUCAACAAGAAAACAAACCAAAAGUUAUGCAACAGAGAUUACAGAAGUAGUUACACCAAGUAAACCACAUACUGGAAAAUCAAUAAUUAAAAUCAGAGAUAUUCCACAUUGCCAAAAUGUUUGUGAUGUUUUUGUUCAUGCAAAUCAAAUGGUUGGUUGUGAUGAAGUGUUUACAAGGUCAUAUGUUCCAACUUCACAAGAUCAAAAAGCCAUUGAAAUUUCCAUUUUCUCAUCGUAUAUGCAAACAAUGUCAUAUACGACUGACCCAGGUGUUCAAUUUAUUGGUGAAUUGUAUGUUAAUAUUCCAAAUGUAGGUGCACCAGUCAAUGAAAACCGUAUUGAUAUAGAAGUUUGUGCAUUACAUGUAAAAUCGGGAAAGGAAAUUAGACAUUCUUACGACUUUGCACUCGAUGAAGCAGAAUCAUUAAGAAGAAAUAGAUUACGUCAAGAAAAGAAUAAACCCCCAAUGGUACAACUUUGCCUCAUGAUGGAUUGCACUGGUAGUAUGGGCUCAUGGAUUAAAGAAAGUAAAGAAAAAAUUAUUUCAUUAACUGGAUUAUUAGCCAGCUCAUAUGUAGGUUUGGAAUUGAAUGCAAGUUUCAUAGGUUAUCGUGAUAUUACUGAUUCCAAUAGAUUUGAGGUUGUACCAUUUACAACGGAUAUGGGAUAUCUUGCUUCCAAAAUUAAUGAAGCAGUUCCAACAGGUGGUGGUGAUACUCCAGAAGAUAUUACAGGUGCUUUUUUACAAGUAAAUAACCUAUCGUGGAAACCAACUCAUACUAAACUUGUUGUCCAUGUAGGCGAUGCACCAUGCCACGGCAAAAAAUAUCAUAAUUGUGUUGAUUCAUAUCCAGAUGGUGACCCAAGUGGUUUGGUUCCAGAAAAACUUUUACAAAAAUUAUCUUCAAAAUCAAUUGACUAUUAUUUCAUUAAAAUCACAUCUCAAACUGAUAAGAUGAUUGAAAUUUUUAGAAAGUCAUAUGACUCACCUCAAAAAAAGAUUGUAGUUCAUGACCUUGGAUCAGAUGUCUCAAAAUUAUUACCUUCUUUAGUUAACUUUGUUCAAACCUCUAUUACCAGAUUUACAAAUUAA